AUGCCCAAGGUUAAAUCACAAAAGUUUGGAUACUCCCACAACAGUACUAAAAAUGUGAGCACUUCGACAGCAGCAACGUCAAAGCCUGCCAAGGCCAUGGCCCCUUUGUUCAGAAAAGAUUUGGGUCAGCACAUUUUAAAAAAUCCUCUUAUUGCUCAAAACAUCGUUGAAAAGGUUGCGGCUGGUUUGAAAUGCACGGACGUUGUUCUCGAAGUAGGUCCAGGUACAGGUAAUCUUACAACGAGAAUUCUUGAACAUGCAAAAAAAGUUGUGGCGGUAGAACUUGAUCCGAGAUUGGCUGCUGAAUUGGCAAAGCGUGUCCAAGGAAAGCCAGAACAACGACGUUUGGAUAUAAUGGUGGGUGAUGUUAUAAAGACUGAUCUUCCAUAUUUUGAUGUUUGCAUAAGCAACACACCGUAUCAGAUAUCUUCACCUCUUAUCUUUAAACUUCUCGAGCAUCGGCCAUUGUUCAGAUGUGCUAUACUAAUGUUUCAGCGCGAGUUUGCCUUACGCUUAAUUGCAAAACCAGGUGAUAAUUUAUACUGUCGAUUAAGUGUAAAUACCCAGUUAUACGCAAAAGUAGAUCACAUAAUGAAGAUUGGAAAAAAUAAUUUUAAACCUAUUCCACAAGUUGAUUCAUCAGUGGUUCGAAUCGAACCACGUAAUCCGCCACCACCAAUUGAUUUCAAAGAAUGGGAUGGUUUGUUGCGGAUAGUGUUUGUUAGGAAGAAUAAGACACUUUCUGCCAAUUUCAAGACGUCUUCAGUUUUAGAUAUAAUAGAAAAUAAUUAUAAAACGUUUUGCUCCGCAAAUGAAAUGAUGAUUGAUGCAAAUUUUGAUAUAAAGAACAAAGUUAUUAAUGUUCUUAAAUCUGUUGGUUUUGCUGAAUCAAGGGCUGCAAAAAUGGAUGUUGAUGAUUUUCUAAAGUAUGCUUUUGCAUUGUUUCAUAAUUUUAUAACAUUAAUACAAGAGCUAACAAGUAAUCCAGUACCUGGUUUCACGGUUGCCCUGCCUGACGACGGCAACGUGUUUGAAUGGGAUGUAGGCAUCAUAGGCGCUCCGGGUACGAUUUACGAAGGCGGUUACUUCAAGGCUAAUCUCAAGUUCCCAAAUGACUACCCGUAUAAUCCUCCAACCUUUAAAUUUAACAAUGAAUUCUUUCAUCCUAAUGUCUACCAAGAUGGUCGACUUUGUAUUUCUAUUCUUCAUCCACCUGGUGACGAUCCCACCAGCGGUGAGACAGCUGCGGAACGUUGGAAUCCAACUCAAAGUGUUGAAAGUAUCUUGAUCAGCAUUGUUAGCCUUAUGGGUGACCCAAAUUGUUCUAGCCCCGCUAAUGUGGAUGCUGGGUCUUAUAAUUCUAUUGUCCGAUCUCAAGUUGAAGCUUCAAAGAAAGACAUUCCUGAGGGAUUAAAGAUACCUACUAGUGCCGAUGAUUUUGUUCAAAAACAACGUCAUACUGAGGAUGAACAUGAUGAAAAUUUUUGUUUGAAUGCCAAUUGA